AUGGAUGGAUCUAUCGUGUGUAUAAGCGAGUUUAUAAGUAAAUACAAGAUCCAAGAAGAAGUGUAUGCUCGUUUUUUGCCCUGUGAACGAGAUGUAUAUGUCGCGUCGCAGGAGGUGUUCGAGCGUUUUCGCGACUCAAGGAAAAGACGAGCAUUUGAUGAUUUAGAAAACCAUCCAAUGGGCAAGAAGUCAAAUCUAGAAGGAUGCGCUUUGAGUACGCAAAUCGAACAUCUGAGUGCAACCCUUGAUACUCAAGUUUCGUCAUUGUCGGUUUCCAAAUUUUUUGACAAAUCGGUCCCAGACACUUCCUUCGAAAUUCUGGAAUCGUCGUUCUUGCUUUGUUCCGAUGAAAUGGCUGCUCAAGACAUCAGCGAUGUGCAGAUUAUACAAAGCAGCGAGUUUCAGCCUCUAGACUCAGAGUUUAGUAGUCCGCCUCGCAAAUGA